AGUGAAUGACUUGAGACUUCAAUAUUUUGUUCUUAUCAUGCUUAAUUUUACAACCGAUGUUUUUAUUUUGAUAAAAAUCAUUUUUGCUCGCAAGAGUAGUGCGUCUGCAAGAAGUGGAUAAGGUCCUUUCGUAAAUAUUUCAUAACAUUAAUUAGUUGCAUGUGAUUUAAGUACCUAUAAACAAUUAAAAAGUGAUACGAAGAUACAAAGCAAUUUACGUCUCAUUGUUUGAUGUCGAUGAUUUUAUCAAAUCAUAUCGCAGUGAGUGUUGAAUUUCGGGCAGUUAAAUAGACCGGUCGACAUGCUAUCGUCCACAGUAAGCCUCGCUGCUCAUUUGUACUCCUCGCUUCAAGGAGUCCAGUCGAUAGGUCGAGCAUUAGGAUAUAUUCUACCUUAUAGCAACAUGGCAGCGAUCAAGGUCAAGAAAAACUUCAACACAAAGCACCUGUCUAAAGGUGAUCCCCUACCGCCAUUUAGCGGAAAGCUCCGCGUGUUCAACAUGCGCUACUGCCCUUAUGCUCAGCGCACGAUGCUCGCGCUCAUUGCUAAGGGCAUAGACUAUGACUUGCUGAACAUUGACCUCGUUGACAAACCCGAGUGGCUCACUUCUAGGAGUGCUUUUGCUAAAGUACCAGCCCUGGAGAUCGCUGAUGGAGUAUCGAUCUAUGAGAGCUUGGUAACUGUGGAAUACUUGGACGAGGUGUACCCUCAGAGGCCACUGCUCCCUAAAGACCCGCUGCUUAGGGCCAAGGAGAAGAUCAUCGUGCAAGCUUUAGACGGCCUCAACGGCGUUUUCUUCAAAUCGAUGAGGGCCCCAGAAACGAUAACCGAAGAGAACAUAACCGCAUACUACAAGACAUUGGACUUCAUACAAGAGCAGCUGAUACAGCGAGGUGCCACAUUCCUCGGCGGAGAAGAGCCCGGGUAUGCUGACUACAUGAUCUGGCCCUGGUUCGAGAGGAUCCUCGCCCUUAAAAGCGAUGUCGGCAAAAUUGACAAGGAGAAGUAUCAGUUGCUGUGGGCGUAUUUAGCGAAGAUGCAGGCAGACCCUGUUGUAGUGGAGUAUGCUGUACCUGAUGAAAUCUUCCUGGAAUUCCGAAGCUCUUAUGUGAAAGGAGUUAAGCCUAACUAUGACCUCCUUCUUGAAAACUAGUCACGUAAAAGAAAUAAAGUUGAUCUUUUUGAUGCGUA